ACCCUUUGAACCCCCCUCCCUCUCUCCCAGACCCCAAACACCUCCCCACCCUUCCCAGGCGGGCGGGCCAACCCACGUCUGUGACGCCUCGCAAGAAGAUCGUCAGCCUCGGCGUCAUCAGGAAAGAGAGAGGAUUGAGGCGCGCAUGCAUUGCGCCGACGGCCUAUCUCAUUCAGCUUCGUGGUCCACUGUCUCCGCUUUCCCUCGUCACGCGACGAUCCUUGGGGACUGUCGCUUUUUCUAGCUACGCAUUACCUGCUUACCGCCGCCUGACUGGCUGCCUUGCGGCGGCCGUCUCCAAACAUCAGUGAUGCUUUUAAACGUUGAAAUCCCAGCGGCACCUGCAUUAGAUGGCUGAUCGCAGAAUGAGAUAUCAGUUUUCAACCCAGAUCCGGGAUCUCGAUGAGUCCAGUGAACUCAAGCAUUGGGUCCGCUUCGACCAGUCCAAGCUCAGCCGCCUCAUCGCUUGCCUUUUCGCCCUUCAUGAAUGUCUACCAACCAGGGCUGAGUGGUACCAGCAACUACUCGGCCUCACCUUCGGUCUAUUCGAACACUCCAAAUUAUUCGCAAUCGUACGCCAUGUCUGACGUUCGACCGCGAAUAUCUUCAAUACAUGGCAUUUCCGGAAUGCCUCCCCCAUCUCGUUCUCCCAGUGCAGGACAUGCGGCGUCUCCAUCGAGCUUUGCGAGUGCAAGAGAUAAUUACACCACCUCUACGCCCCAUCUGAACCGCCACACGCUGUCUCCUCGACAAACUUCUGAGGUUCUUUAUCGUUCCCCUAGGUCGCCUCAGACAAGCACUCCCCGCACGUCUGACCCUGCGAUGAUGCCUCUCUCGAGCAAUGCUGCUAACACCUUUAAUGGUGCUACCCCGGCCGGGGCGAUAGACACGCCCUCUCAGCUAGGGUUCGCUACGGCCAACCAAAGCCCUCCUUUUGGCGAUACUGUCAUUCUACACUCGAUAACUUCUGUUGAUGGUACAGCAGUGACUCCACAAAUUCAUGCGCGGAUUGAAAAAGGUUUCUUUUUUGCGGACCAUGAUUGGACAUGUUACCGGCGGAAUUACUUCUCGGUCAAUUGCUCAUAUUCCCUACGGCCGCAUUUACCUUCUGUUCCUCUCUUUCUCACUCGUUCUACCAAAACUGGCCCUGAGCCGAUCCAAGGAUUUGCAAUUUCCAUUGCGGCUGUCGUGGAUGGCCCAGGUGGAAAGUCCAUUGAGCUGGUUCAGCACACCCCAAAGAGGGACAAAGCUCCGACCAGCCGGCCUGAGCCUGUGAAAGUGGAACCUAACACUUCUGGAGUGCUUGGCAUGUUCCCCAGUUCCGGCAGCCACGCCGGUCUUCCCUUUGCAGCAUCACAUCUUACCAGCCAGUCGGAGUAUGACCAAUCAUUCACAACGCAACAUUCGGCCGCAAAUACAAGCGUCAAUUUUGAACGCAUUCAAUUCAAGAAUGCGACAGCCAAUAAUGGAAAGCGCCGCGCCGCUCAGCAAUACUACCAUUUGAUUGUGGAACUCUACGCCGAGGUUCGAGGAUCUUUAUCAUCUGAUGCCCAGUUUGUCAAGAUUGCAACUCGUAUAUCUGAAAGAAUGGUAGUGCGAGGGAGAUCGCCGGGGCAUUAUUCCGAGGAUCGUCGCACCAGCUCGAGCAGUGCCGGACCCGGCGGGGCUAGCGGAUCAGGGGAUAGCAUGGGUGGGUUGAGAAGUACCGCAAACUCGCUGACUGGCUCUCGUGGCCUGAGCACUUCGGCUUCACUUUUCGGCAACUCUGGAUCCGUUCCAGGUGGCGGAUCAUAUCGCUCCUAUACAUCCCCCAGUACGACUGACGGAACGUCUCAGUCGGUCUCCUCCUCUUCUUCCAGCAUUGACGUUUCUGCUGAGCAUUCUCUGGAGCCAAUCAUAGCUGGCGAGGAUUCUGGAGCGAUGGAUGAUUAUACCGGAUACCAUCUCUACUCCCAAGGCAUGUUUGAACCUCCGGCACAUCAGCUUCGGGUUCAUUCUGUAUUCAAGGAUGACCGCUUCAUUGAACCGUCAGCCGCCCCGUUCGAUGGUGAAGCAAUCAGAAAUCUGGGUCGAUUUAGCAGUAUUUCUGAGGCGAAGAGAUUGGAAAGAGAGGAAACCCUCGCUACCCAGCAGCCUCCAAUGUUUGGAAAUCCCUGGCCCAAUGGAAACAUUGGCGAAAGUGGCCGCGGAUGCGGGCGACUCCGCGGCGUACAGCCCAGUCGAGGAUAUUAUUCUGAUAUAUCUACGGCAUUAUAG